UUAUCGUUGUCGAAACGUCAUUCUCAAUGUUAUUAAAUAAAACUAUUAUGCAAAUUACCGCAGACGCCAUUACUAGACGCGCAUUAAGUUUCAAGUCCAAAGUAGCACUUUCUUUUUCACUCGAAUACCCUUUAUACGCGCAUGGGCAAUUUCUCAGUCUAUUGAAGGGUCAGACACCCCGCGUCGUGCAAGUGAUUCUUCCGGUACGGAAUUUUCGUGCACCUUUUUUUUUGUUAUAAAGACGGUUUUAUCGAAGUCGAAGGCUCUUCGGGUUCGAAUUUGUGAUACGAACGUUGAAGUGUUGUUUUUGCGAAAAAUCUGGCGAUAGUAUCGAUCCCGCCAUGUGCUCCCUUUAUUUACAGCUUACUGCAGCGGGAAUUGAUUGGAAGUCCUGACGCGCUACAAGGCGAUGGGGUGACGUCCAAGAUCGUUUAGAAGAACCGCCUAUCCUCGCACCACCUGUAAAUGUAGACAGUCUCGACAUAAUCAGGGAGAUUCGGCUUCGAUGCCAUAGACUAUGGAACCGCGAGGCCAGAGAAUUGAGUGAUAUUCUAGUUCGACCCCAUUUCAGAGCGUUGUUGGAAACCCACGACGAAGUAGCGAAAGUUUUUCAAAAUCCCAACCCGGAAAAAACGGCGGAAGCGCCUAAAUUAUUUCCCAGCGGGAUGACCAACGAUGCAAUCAGAAUGGUGGGUGUAAGGAAAAAAGUCGGAGAACCGCUCGGUCUUACUGUCCAAAUCGACGAAAAUGGUAAUCUAGUCAUAGCGAGGAUUUUGGAGGGAGGCAUGAUUGAAAAACAAGGAUUGCUGCAUGUAGGUGACGUAAUAUUGGAAGUUAACGGGAAUAGCGUGAAAACUCCCGAAGAACUCCAGACGGAGGUUGCGAAAAGCAAGGACUCGGUCAAUCUUAAAAUAGGAAACCCUCAGAACGACGAAACCCACGCAUCGAUUGUGACCAACGGAGUUAACGGGGUCACCAAAAAGCUUACCUGUUAUAUGCGAGCGUUAUUUCAAUAUAACCCGGAAGACGACACUUUGCUACCAUGUAAAGAAAUAGGACUGCCUUUCGACCGCGGGGAUAUUUUACAAAUCGUCGAUCAAAGGGACCCGAAUUGGUGGCAAGCUAAAAAAAUUGGUGGCGACAACCGAACUGGCCUGAUACCUUCGUUGGAGUUGGAGGAAAGACGCAAAGCGUUCGUAGCUCCUGAUGCCGAUUUCGUCCACAAAAUUAGUAUAUGCGGCGCGAAGAUAUCGAGGAAGAAGAAGAAAAUCAUUUACCAGUCGAAGAGCAACUGCGAUUUCGAUAAGGCGGAGUUGUUGCUGUACGAAGAAGUUACCAGAAUGCCGCCAUUUAAGAGGAAAACUUUGGUGUUGAUUGGCGUUCAGGGGGUCGGCAGGAGAACGUUGAAAAAUCGAUUGAUCAACAGCGAUCCCGAGAAGUUUGCCGGUGUCAUUCCAUACACGAGUAGACCGGCAAGAGUUUUGGAAGAAAAUGGUCAGUCCUAUUGGUUUACGACUCGGGAUAAAAUGGAAGAAGAUAUUAGAAAUAACAAAUUUUUGGAAUACGGCGAAUACAAUGGACACCUGUAUGGGACGCAUUUGGAUACCAUCCGAGAUGUUCUAAGGCAGGGGAAGAUGUGUAUAUUGGACUGCAGUCCAAUGUCGUUGAAAAUUUUGCAUAACAGUUCGGAGUUUUUACCGUACGUUAUUUUUAUUGCCGCACCCGGGAUGGAACAGUUGAAGAGUUUAUACGAUGUGUCCAAAAGUAAUUCAAACCUAAGGUAUUCCAGCCGAAACUUAACGUUUGAUCGACAAAGCUCUAUUCGCUACAGUUCACGAAGAGCAAGGACCUUGGAAUCACUCGCGUCGUUAUACGAGGAGGAAGAUUUAAAAAGGACUUUAGAGGACAGCGCCAGUAUGCAAAGAACUUACGACAAGUACAUCGAUCAGGUAAUCACAAACAACGACUUUGACAUGACCUUCAGGCAAAUCGUAGAAGCCUUAGAGACGUUGACGACUGAGCAUCAGUGGGUGCCCGUCAACUGGAUUUAUUAGAAACACUAUUUAUUCAAAGCACUGCCAUAAUUUCAGAUUUAUCGAUUAUUUACGUACGAAUUGUUCAGUGUUGCUUCGCUGAUCUCAAGACAAAUCGAAUAUUAACAAUAAAUAAAACUGAACAAUAUAGUUUGAUAUACCAUGACCAGAAAUAUAGUGCUUUUACAACCGACGCCGUGAUUAACUUUGCCGAGUGUUUAUUACUCCAAAACCGCAGCCCCUUAUAGAACACCCUGCCGCGCAGACCCUUACCCGUAAUCAUUCCACCGUACCGUACACAAACAAGUGGGAUAUAAAUAUGUUUUCAAUCUUUUUCGCCGAGCAAUUCUUCAAACAUGUACAUAAAAAAAUUAGUACAUUAGUACAAUCUAUUUCCAUGUGAAGGCGGCUCGUCUAGUAGACACUUGUUACUGUUAUCACACCAUCCUUUUUUUUCCUGUGUCGUGACCUAUUUUGCUCUCGAAAUUAUUCACUUGUAUUUAAAUAAUUCACCCUCCAUUACAAUUGAUUGUUUGUAACGGAAAAUCCAUUAUCUUUAAAAAAGUACGCAACGACUCUUGGGCACAACUAAUGUUCUUCCCAAACAAUUGCUAUUCUUCCCGAAGACAAAUGGAUCCGUUUUUUUUUUUAUUUGCGGAGGUAGUUCGUCUAAAUUGGCAUUAGGUUCGACUACCAGCUCCAUGUUUCCACUGUCUCCACAUUUUAAAGGGUUAAAAAACAGGAACCUUCAAAAAAUGUUUAAUUGUAACAUUCUAAUAAAUAUCUAUGUGUAUUCUUAGGACGUAUCUUUAUCUACCGCGAAAAUAAUCUAUACUCUUAAAAAAAAACAAAUUUAAAACGGUCCAUUUACGUUUCAAAUAAAAAUUUCAAGUUCAUCUCAGGCAAGACCUAUUUAAUGCAGAAUAAACAUCUGUUGGGAUGGGUUUUCCACGGUCCUGCGAAGGUGUGCGGUGUCAAAGCAAUAAAUGCAUUAUAUUUUUGGUCCUACUAUACAAUUACGUUUUACGUUGUUUAGACAUGCUUCAUCACGAAAAUCGCAAUAUAAGUACACGUAAUAAGUAUAAAAAAAUAGAUAUAAAAUUGUAAACAUGAUGAAACAUAGUUUAAAGGAGCACUAAAAGAAAACAUCUAUGCACACAAAAUUAGUUUUUAAAUAAAAAGCAUAUUUUCCAUCGUACCGUAGCGUUGGUUCAAACGAUAUAGAACAUAUUUAGAUAUUUAUGACCUAUUCUCUCACCACGACUUUAGAAUAUAUUAUUUUUCUAAACUCUCUCGAUUUUUAAAAAUAAGAAGCAUCGAAUAAUGCUGAAAGCACAGGCCUUACUUAAUAUUUAUAGUUAAUACAUAGUGUAGGGUAAUUUGCUAAAAAAACGAAAAUUGAAACUUAAUCAUCAGUUGCCCGCCUAAACCAUUACCAUAAUUAUUUUGUGUCUUUGAAUUUAACAUUUCUUCAUUUUCAAAGACCAUGCGAAAUCACUGUUCCGUUGAUUUUUUGGCGAAACGCCCUCUAUUAUAUUAAAAAUAGCAAUUUACUUAGUAUAAGAUGUAAAUAUUUUCAUGCAUCAAUGCAUGAAUGCGAGCCACACCCGUACUAUAUGAUGGUAGUAGACAUAGUAAAAGCCUUAUCUGACAUUACGGUUGCUAAAUUACCAAUGCGGUAGUUUUGCGACAUUUGUCGGACAGCUUGGAACUUAGUUUUAAAGGCUACUUGUAAUUUUAAAUCGUUACUUAUUUGGUAGGUGUAUUUUUCUUGUGCCGAUGUUUUUAACCGUCCAAGUGUUCAGGGAAGUUGUUUUUAUGUUUAUACGCAUUGUUUUGCUAUUUCAAUAUAUGUAGUUUUUUUGUUUGAGAUAUCUAUGUUACUCAUGUUUUUUUUUUUUUGAAGCAGCAAUAAAAUGAAUACGC